UUCUCCCCAAUUGUUCCUCUUCUCCCUGCUCUUCCCAUGCCGCCGCUUAGGCGCUGGAUACGGGGCGGUUUGUGAUCGACCAGCGGCUCGAUGAAUAUGGCGUGUAUUGGGGACGCAGACCCUUUCACCGCUGCGAUACCUGCCACUAAAGUUGAACUCACGGUCUCUUGUAGAAACCUGCUGGACAGAGACACGUUCUCCAAGUCUGAUCCAAUUUGUGUGCUGUACACCCAAGGAAUAGCCAACAGGGAAUGGAGAGAGUUUGGCAGAACAGAAGUCAUAGACAACACCCUCAACCCUGACUUUGUCCGCAAAUUCAUCCUGGACUAUUUCUUUGAGGAGAGGCAGAAUCUACGCUUUGACCUGUAUGACUUGGACUGCAAGAGCGACAACCUCUCGAAACACGACUUCCUGGGCCAGGCGUUCUGUACGCUGGGCGAGAUAGUCGGCUCCCUGGGAAGCCGCUUAGAAAAGCCUUUGAUCGGGAUCCCGGGAAAGAAAUGUGGCACCAUCAUAGUGAGAGCAGAAGAGCUGAGCAACUGCAGGGAGUCGGUGAUGCUGCAGUUUUGUGGCAACAAGCUGGAUAAGAAGGACUUCUUCGGGAAAUCUGAUCCUUUUCUCGUCUUCUAUCGCAGUAACGAAGACGGAUCGUAUACCAUCUGCCACAAAACAGAAGUGGUGAAGAACAAUCUGGAUCCGGUGUGGCAGGCCUUCAAGAUUCCUGUCAGGGCGCUUUGUAAUGGAGACUACGACAGGAGCAUUAAGGUGGAGGUUUACGACUGGGACAGAGAUGGAGGCCACGACUUUAUCGGAGACUUCAGCACCAGCUACAGAGAAAUGUCCAGAAGUCAGUCACAGUUCCACAUCUACGAGGUGCUAAAUCCAAAGAAAAAAGGAAAGAAGAAGAAAAAGUACCAAAACUCAGGAACGGUCACACUCCUGUCCUGCCUCGUGGACACCGAGCUCUCCUUCCUGGAUUACAUCCGAGGCGGGACUCAGAUUAAUUUCACAGUGGCGAUUGAUUUCACGGCAUCAAAUGGCAACCCGUCCCAGCCCACCUCGCUCCAUUACAUGAGCCCAUACCAGCUAAACGACUACGCCAUGGCUCUGCGGGCCGUCGGAGAGAUCAUCCAGGACUACGACAGCGACAAGAUGUUUCCUGCACUGGGCUUCGGUGCCAAGCUUCCCCCGGACGGACGGGUCUCGCACGAGUUCGCACUGAAUGGUAAUCCACAGAACCCGUACUGCAGUGGUAUCGAGGGGGUGAUGGAGGCCUAUUACCAGAGUCUCAAAUCUGUGCGUCUUUACGGACCCACCCACUUCUCCCCUGUUAUUAACCACGUGGCCAGGUAUGCAUCAGCAGUGACGGACGGCUCGCAGUACUUCAUCCUGCUCAUCAUCUCUGACGGUGUCAUCACGGACAUGGCGCAGACUAAGGAGUCCAUAGUCAACGCUGCGUCUUUGCCCAUGUCAAUUAUAAUAGUUGGGGUUGGACCAGCGGAAUUUGACGAAAUGAUCGAGCUGGACGGGGACGAGGAGAGGAUUUCCUCCCAAGGACGAUAUGCCGAGAGGGACAUUGUUCAGUUCGUUCCUUUCAGAGACUACAUUGACCGACGGGGAAACCACAUCCUCAGCAUGGCUCGCCUGGCUAAGGAAGUGCUCGCCGAAAUCCCGGACCAGUUCCUGUCCUACAUGAGGACCCGAGGCAUCAAACCCGGCCCCUUUGCCACCUCCGUACACCCCCUGUCCUCCACCGGCUGUCCACCCCCUCCUCUGCAGACGGGUAAGCCGAAUCUAAAGACAGAGGCCUCGCUCCAACGCCGGCCCUCCUACUCUACUCUCCUCUCUCUGCUUCUUCUUCUUCCUACUCUUCACUGGAAGCUUUUGAGCACACAGCGAACCUCGCUCGCUCGCUCAUGUUGCACUUUCGGGAACGUUUGGCCAUGAGCCGAGGGCACGAUGCGGAUAACCCCAAACGGGAGGCUUCUACUUUUUAGAAGAAGAGACUUUUCCUGUAGUGGACAAAGGUGGGGGUUUUGAAGGGUCGUGGUGGGGGUCUGAUACCACCUACCUCCACCAGGACGCGUGAACGAGACAGAAACGGACCGUUUGAAGCUGUUGGACUGAAAGGGUCCAAAAUGGCGAGGCCCUUUUUUGUUCACAGUUCAUCUUUUUCUCAUUUCUAUUUCCACUUCUUCUAUCUUUCACGAAAUCAUGUCUCUCGAUGUAUAAAUGUUUACAAAUUUGGAGUGGAGGAUUUUCUCCGGGAGAAGAUUUAUACCGAUUAAUGUGAAACAUGUCAGAUUCAGAAACUGAAGGUUGGGACUUUGUACAGAAACGUUUUAGGCCCUGCUGCCACAUUCCUCCAUACAGAGUGUGUAUGUUUCCUUUUUUAAAUAAAUGGAGCAUGUGCUA